AUGUUUAACUUAAAUGACUUCCCAACGGAAGGUUCCAACUAUCAUAUGUAUGGAUUAGACAAUAACAUACAGUCAACGACCUUUGAAUCAUUGAUCCAACCACAACCAAUUCAACAUCAACAUCAACACCUUCCACACCAUCAGAAUGACAAAGUAAUCUUUAAGACCAACUUUGCUGACGAUGUGUUUUUGAAUGACACUUCCGUAAGUGGUACUGAUUCUUUACUCAAUUCCACAAGCACUUCAGCUACAAACACUACCACAACAACUCCAUCAAUGACAUCCUAUCCUUUGAAUGAUAGCCUUGACUUGCUGGUUAAAUUAGACGAUGUAGUUGAUGUUUCAAACAACAACAACACCAACAAUUAUGACGAGUCUACCAUGUUGACUAUGAAGGCUUAUAAUCAUCAUAAUACAUUCCCAGUUGCUAACACUGCUAAUGGUUCCACCAUAAAUCCAAGUGACUAUACUAGCGAACAACCAAUUGCUGCUGCUCCUAUUUCUCCAGUUCCAUAUCUUAUGUUUGAUGCUAAGAACAACAGUGGUGAUUAUUUCAGUCUUGGUCAACAAAUGUUACACCCUUACGAUAACCAACAACAACAACAGCAAUGUACCCACCUUCACAAUCACAGCGAUGAGUACUGUUCCAUCCCACAUCAAGCUCAUCCUCUCCCAAUUCAUCACCACCAUCACCAUCACCGUCCAAUACAAGAAAGUGAAGUUGAAGCCUUGCUUUAUCAUUACAACACCGAUCCAAAUACUCCACUCUUAUAUGAUUUUGAAGUUUCUCCAAAACAAAGUGCUCAAAGUAAGUUUAACAUGUUACGUCCAGAAAUGUCAUACCCUGACUUACCAAGCAUGAUGAACACUCGUAAUUCCGUUGUGUUAGCUUCCCAAAGUGCUGAACAUAGUCCAAAGGCUACCAGAUAUGAAACUGCUGGCAGAUUGAAUUCCGCCUUUGACGUUAGAUCAGCCAUGGCUAGGAUGUCAUUCAGUGAAGCAUCCAACGGUGUUACCAGAACUCAUUCCCUGAGUUCAUUGAAUGGUCAUGGGACUUCUCCACGUUCUCAUUAUCAUUCCCGUCUUCAUCAACAACUUCGCAGAACUACUCCCCCAAAACCAAUCAAGCCAGAAUUAUUUGCUAAAUAUACUGAAGAACAAGUUUCGAAGGUUAAGCUUGCUGAAACUGAUACCAAAUGUCGUGCUCAUUGUAAUGCUACCUUUUCAAAUUAUUUACAAUUGAUUGAUCAUUUUGAAGAAUUCAAACUUUCUACAUUUGAAUUCAGAGGGUUUAAAUGUCCAGUUCGUGAAUGUCCAAUGAACAUGAUCGGAUUCGACAAGAAGGCUGACUUGAGACAUCAUGUUGUCAUUGAUCAUUUCAAGAAGGGUAAAGUGAUUGAUGAAUGCUUGGACUAUUGUCAAGAGUUAAAGAGUAUUAUCUAUGUCUGUCAUGAUGAUCUUUGUGGUAAAGGUUUCUAUCGUCGUGAUUCCUUAACUAGACAUAUUAAGUUAGUACACAAUGGGGAGCCUAAUGUAUUCAACCAAAGAAAGAAAUUAGAAAACGCUGAAAAGAGAAGAAAGAAGAAGAAGCUUUAG